AUGAGUGCUACCAUGACAAUGACGGCCCCGCCGGAGAUCACCGCUGAGAACGUGGCUACCCUCUUCCCUGACGUCGACACUUCCUUGGCUCGAGAUGUCCUCCCCACCACUAAUGGCAACGCCGCUCACGAAGGCGCUGAACUCGAGGGCUACGACGAGGAGCAGGUCCGCCUGAUGGACGAGGUCUGCAUUGUCUUGGAUAACAAUGACCGCCCUAUUGGCAGUGCCAGCAAGAAAGCCUGCCACUUGAUGACCAACAUUGACAAAGGCCUUCUGCACCGUGCCUUCUCCGUUUUCCUGUUCGACUCCAACAACCGCCUCCUACUGCAACAGCGUGCGACCGAAAAAAUCACUUUCCCUGACAUGUGGACCAACACCUGCUGUUCUCACCCCCUUGGAAUUCCUGGUGAGACUGGUGCGGAGCUCGACGCGGCCGUUCGGGGUGUGAAGCGUGCUGCGCAGCGCAAGCUGGACCAUGAACUGGGCAUCAAGGCCGAGCAGGUGCCUUUGGAUAAGUUUGAAUUCUUCACUAGAAUCCACUACAAGGCUCCUAGUGAUGGAAAGUGGGGUGAACAUGAGGUGGACUACAUCCUCUUCAUUCAGGCUGACGUUGACCUGAAGCCCAGCCCGAACGAAGUGCGGGAUACCUGCUACGUCUCGGCUGACGAGCUCAAGGCCAUGUUCCAGAAGCCUGAUCUGAAGUUCACUCCCUGGUUCAAGCUGAUCUGCAACUCAAUGCUCUUCGAAUGGUGGAGCCACCUGGGCACCCCAGCCCUGGACAAGUACAAAAAUGAGACUGAGAUUCGCCGGAUGUGA